AUUAGUUUAAGCAAGCCAUGCCCCCUCUCCAUAUAGAGCCAAGCGUGAGCUUAAUUGCAACCCCGCUAAAACUUUUCGUCUUUUCGGGUGGCGGAUGCAUUUUUGACAUUUUUUUUUGCUUUGCACAACACAAUCAACCCAAAAAAAAGCGAAAAUGGCCAAGGAUAAGAAGCAAAAGAAGGAGAAGGUUGCCGCUACUGCUGCUUCCAUGGACGUCGAUCAGGACACCGAAGACGAAUCACCAAAAUUCAUCUCACCCAUCGCACACCCAUUGGCCGAAAAGAAAUUGUCCAAGAAAUUGUUCAAGACUGUCAAGAAGGCCAGCAAAGUAAAGCACAUUCGUCGCGGUGUCAAGGAAGUUGGAAAGGCUAUCCGUAAAGGCGAGAAGGGUCUGGUCCUGAUUGCUGGUGACAUUUCGCCCAUGGACGUGAUUGCCCACUUUCCUGUGUUUUGCGAAGAUCACGAUAUUCCAUAUAUCUUCGUUCCCUCCAAGCAGAAGCUUGGAGAAGCUAGCCACACCAAGCGUCCUACAUCGGUGACGAUGAUUGUUUUCGGUGGCAAGAACAAGGAUGAGAAGGCUGCUGCGGAUUACAAGGAAUUGUAUGACGAGUGCGUCGCUACGACCAAGGACCUUUACGAAAAACUGGUGUAUUAAAAAAAAUUAAAGAGAUUACGAUUUCUGGUUUUUUUUUACCCUUUCCAUCAAAGUAUUUACUUAAUAACGCCUUUUAGUAACAAAACAAGACAUCUUGCAUAUCGAUCUUCCCUUGUGUUUCUUUUUCUUUCUUUUCAUUUUUCUUGCUUAUUUCACCAAAAAGUCGCUCGCAUUCUUCAUGUAAAGAAUAAAACGUUCUGUUCAUAGUCCAUGUAUUUAGAAAAAUGU